GGUCCGUGAGGCGCGGGCGGCGGCGACCGCGGCCCCAGUGACGGGCCCGGGGGCCCGGGCUGCUCCGGGCCGGGGCCCCGCCGCGGGACGGACCAUGCUACGCUCCACUGGCUUCUUUCGGGCCAUCGACUGCCCCUAUUGGGCUGGGGCGCCCGGGGGCCCCUGCCGGCGGCCGUACUGCCACUUCCGGCAUCGCGGGGCCCGGGUCCCCGACGCCCCUGGCGGCGGCGGCGGAGCGGCGCCCCCCGCAGCAGGGCUGGGUUACGACCCCUACAACCCUGAGCUGCCCAAGCCCGCCACGCAGAGGGAGAAUGGCGCCCUGGGUCGGGGGGACGAGCCCCGCUCAGACAUCCUGGAGCUGGAGCUGGUCAACCAGGCCAUCGAGGCUGUGCGCACCGAGGUGGAGCUGGAGCAGCGGCGCUACCAGGAGCUGCUGGAGACGGCCCGCGAGUACAGCUCGGGUGAGGCCUCCGCCCUGGCACCCCAUGACCCUGCCACCAGCCCCACCGCAGGCCUGGACGAGGACAGCUUCCCGCUGGCCUUUGACUAUAACCUCGGCAGCCACAGCCUGUUGACCUCUGACACUGGCUACCAGCCUACCCCACUGGCUGCCCCUGCCGAGCUGGGCAGCAAGUACUUGCUGGCAUCUUUGGAGAGGGGUCCCGGCAGAGGUGGAGGGUGUGGUGGCGCCUUGGAGUAUGUCCCCAAGGCUGUGAGCCAGCCCCGGCGAUAUGGCCGCCCUGUCGCCAGUGGCAAGUAUGUGGUGGACAACUCCAAGCCAUCCACGGACCUGGAGUAUGACCCACUGUCCAACUACUCUGCGCGGCACCUCAGCAGGGCCAGCUUCAGGGAUGAGAGGGCCACCAAAAGGCCCCGUGGUUCUCGCGGCAGUGAGCCCUACACGCCCGCACUCAAGAAGCCCUGUGAUCCCUUUGGCGGCUGUGAUGCCCGGUUCUCUGACUCGGAAGAUGAUGCUGCCACAGCCCCAGAUGAUGGGCCUGCCUCGGCCAGCCCCCCAAAAGCUGGGGCCAGCCCUGAGAGCAAGGCCCCCAGGAAGCCUUCGCCUAAGGAGGGCACAGAGCCCGAGGAGGGCAGCCUGCGUGAGACCAAGGAAAUGGCUGUGCAGUACGAUGUGGGCGACCUCGGGCAACCUCCCAGGGACCCGGGUGGGGAGUCCCUGGCCAAACCCAGCUCCCUAGCCAGAGCCUCACAGGAUGAGGGCAGCCCCAAGCAGGGAAAACCCAAGAAGAAGAAGCAGGCGACACCACCAGCCCUCAGCCACAAGGACAGUGCCCGGAAGAAAGACAAGACCAAGGACAAAGAUCGAGGGAGGCCCGUGGAGAAGUCCCGUGUGGAUAGGAAGAGCCCGCUGACUGGCAGUCCCAGGCACAAGGCCGAGGGCCCAGAAGGGACCAAGAAAAAGCCAUCUUCGGCCAACCCAGUGGCCAGCUCAGGGAAAGAGAGGCCUGACCAGCCUGGGAGGCGGCCAGGCCCCACAAGUGGGGGUCCCUGGCCCCAGGACUCGCAGCUACCGGCAGCCAGCAGAGGCCCCCCCGGCCCCCACCAGCUGCCGGACAGGAAGGGCGGCGGAAAGGCCCUGUCAGGGAAGCCGGUGGAGCGGAAGGCCCGCUCGCUGGAUGGGGGCGCCUCCCAGGCUGCCCCCAAGCUGAAGCAGCGGGCCCUGAGCCACGCGGACCUCUUCGGGGACGAGAGUGAGGACGAGGACACAGGGGCGCCACUGGUCUGGCCCCCCACGCUCCCCAGCCUCAGUUCAGACUCAGAGUCAGACUCAGACUCCAGCCUGGGCUUCCCCGAGACACAGGGGCCGCCCAAGCGGCUCAAGGCCUCGCAGCCCCCGCCCCCUUCCCCCGCCCCCUCCUCCUCCUCCUCGGGGGCUGGGGCUUGUGCGGAGGAGGAUGUUGACUACUCAGCCCUGGAGAAGGAGGUUGACUUUGACUCAGACCCCAUGGAGGAGUGCCUGCGGAUUUUCAACGAGUCCACCAGCGUCAAGACGGAGGACAAGGGCCGGCUGGCCCGGCAGCCCCCCAAGGGAGAGAAGAGCGAGGAGAAGGGGCAUUCAGGUCUGACCACUCUGUUCCCGGGGCAGAAGAGGAGGAUCUCUCAUCUGUCCAAGCAAGGCAAGGAGGCGGAGCCCCCAAGGAGAGGCCCGGCUGUGCUCCCAGCUCGGCCCCCCACAGCCCAGGAGGUGUGCUACCUGCGGGCCCAGCAGGCGCAGAGGGAAUCCGCCAGCUGGCUGCAGGCCGCCCCACGGCAGUUGGAGAAGCCCUCCUCCAUCCACAUCUCAGCCCCUGGUGAGAAGAGGAGGAUCGCCCACGUCCCUAACCCCCGCCUGGCCUCAGCCCCCACAGGUGCCAAGAGGACCCUCGCGGCCAGCAGCAGCCAGCCAGCCAAUGGCCUCGAGCCCGGCAGCCAGCCGCUGAAGACACGCACGUUGUCAGGGAUGGCGUCCAAGACCACCACCACCAUCACCCCCAAGAGAAUUGCUCACAGUCCAUCUUUACAGAGUUUAAAGAAACCCAUUAUCCCGAAAGAGUUCGGGGGCAAAGUCCCCACUGUCAUCCGCCAACGCUAUCUCAACCUGUUUAUCGAGGAAUGCCUCAAGUCCUGCUCUUCCAACCAGGAGGCUAUAGAGAAGGCACUGAACGAGGAGAAGGUGGCCUAUGACCGCAGCCCCAGCAAGAACAUCUACCUGAACGUCGCCGUGAACACCCUCAAGAAGCUGAGGGGCCUGGUCCCCAGUGCUGUGCCAGGUCUCAACAAAACCAGUGGCCGGAGGGUUGUGUCACACGAGGUGGUGCUGGGGGGCAAGUUGGCCGCCAAGACCAGCUUCUCACUCAGCCGCCCGAGCAGCCCUCGGGUGGAAGACCUGAAAGGGGCCACCCUAUACAGCCGCCUCAAAGAGUACCUGCUCACCGAGGACCAGCUCAAGGAGAACGGCUACCCCUUCCCGCAUGCUGAGCGGCCGGGAGGUGCUGUCAUCUUCACGGCCGAGGAGAGGAAGCCCAAGGAUGCCUCCUGCAGAACCUGUUGCCGCUGUGGCACCGAGUACCUCGUGUCCUCCUCAGGGCGCUGCGUCCGCGACGAGGAGUGUUACUACCACUGGGGGCGGCUUCGCCGGAACCGAGUGGCUGGCGGCUGGGAGACCCAGUACAUGUGCUGCUCAGCAGCCAUCGGCUCUGUCGGCUGCCAAGUUGCCAAGCAACAUGUGCAGGAUGGCCGGAAGGAAAGCCUCGAAGGGUUUGUGAAGACCUUCGAGAAGGAACUUGCGGAAGAUGCUCACCCAGGAAUCUACGCCCUCGACUGUGAGAUGUCCUACACCACAUACGGCCUGGAGCUGACCCGCGUCACGGUGGUGGACACAGAGAUGCAGGUGGUGUACGACACCUUCGUCAAGCCCGACAAUGAGAUUGUCGACUACAACACCAGGUUUUCUGGGGUGACCGAGGCCGACCUUGCAGACACAAGCAUCACUCUGCGGGACGUCCAGGCCGUCCUGCUGAGCAUGUUCAGCGCCGACACCAUCCUCAUUGGACAUAGCUUGGAGAGCGACCUGCUGGCCUUAAAGGUCAUCCACAGCACCGUGGUGGACACGUCCGUGCUCUUCCCCCAUCGCCUGGGCCUCCCCUACAAGCGCUCCCUGCGGAAUCUCAUGGCCGACUACCUCAGACAGAUCAUCCAGGACAAUGUGGACGGGCACAGCUCCAGCGAGGACGCCAGCGCCUGCAUGCACCUGAUGAUCUGGAAGAUCCGAGAAGACGCUAAGACCAAGCGAUGACUCCCGCCCGCUGCCCUCCCGCCUCUCCUGCAGCCCCAGCCCAUCCUUAGCCCCAGGCCUCUUCCAAAAACAGUGCAAUAAAUCUUGAGAGCUAACCAUGUCCACCUUGCAAGACACGGAAAACCAAGAGAGACGGGAUGAGCCGGUGGCACCAGAGAACAAAAAGCCAAGACCAACCCCGGAGCCCGACCCCACCCCUGCCGCCCCUACACCUUGUCCUGUCCUGAGUCUGCUGCCGACUCAGCCGGCACCAGCCUGUACCCACCAUCCUGGCUCCUCCAAGCCAGGUCCGCAGCCUGCGUGCACCGGAGGAACACGACCUGCCUCUGCUGCCCUCCAGUGAUGCGGAGUGGAGGCUGGACAGGCGGGGCAGGUGGGUUGUGGGUUUGUUUGAGACGGGUUAUCCUUUUUUAUUUUGUAUUAUUAUUUUUAUUAUUUUUAAUUUAAACUUGAUGACUUGCACAGUUACCUUCCCCCACCUAGAGGAGGAAGGCCCUGGUGCUGCCUCUGCUCCUGGGGGACGGGGGUUGGGGCACCAUCCAGACCCAGCCCAGGGGCCCCAGGAGCCACACGCAGACAGAACCCAAGAUUCUGGCCCAGUGUGGGCUGGUACUCCACUGUUGGAUCUCCGGAGGGCUGGGGCUGCCAUGUGGGUGGGAGGCGUGGCUUCCAGAACUCUCCUCCCCAGCCCAUCUGGACUUCCAUGACCUGUGAGAACCAAGCCAGCCCCUGGGCCUUGCCUUCCAGAUGCCCCCAGGGCCCAGCAGCCCUGGACACUGUCUUCCCGCCACAGCCUCACCCUCCUCUCCAUGGGGGCUGUCUGUACCCCCUACUCCCCCCACCCCUGGGCAGAGACAGAAUAAAUGUUUGUAUGGAUUUUA